AAUUAGGGUUUCUAGUCCAUCCUCUUCCAAUUCCCCGAUCGGAGAAAUCUCCCGACCCUCCUCCUCCUUUGCCACCGAAACUCUUGCCUUUACCACCGUUAUUCUUCCCGGAGUUUUUCUUUCCACCAUUGCUGCUCUUCCGUCCUUCUGUGUAGAGAGUUUCUGCGGGUACAGCACCGAGCAAGCCUGAGAGAGGAGCACCGGUAGUUGGGACAUUCGGCUGGGGUCCUUGAGCAUAGAGACGACGCUCCUCGUGACCGACAAGCCGGGAUUGAAGUUCAUCCGUAUUCAUAGUCGCGCCACUACUGGUCGAGAAAGUCCUCCUGGGCGGCGGUUUGAAUGAGAAACGAAGUUGCAAGAGAUGUUCACGCCUCCUGAGAAGUCUUGGCAGCAAGAAGAGUCACGCCAAUUUCCUCUGUAACUGAGUGUUGAUUAUUAUGUUCGUUCAUCGGCUUUCAAGAGUUGCAACCCAGAUUGCUCGUGAGCUUUCAAGAGGCAAAUGUACAUCAAUAGUCAGAAGAGGCUAUUUACAAAGACCGUCCACCCAAUUUGUGCAAAGUCAGUUUCAACAGGAGGUGGAGACUAAGUUGUACUGUGAUAGCAUAAUACAGAAACAUCACCUUUAUUCUACCUCGGCUUCUAACAAUGCUAAUGAGGAUAGGGUUGAACAGAAAGAGAAGAUAUCUGUUACCUUUGUCGACAAGGAUGGAGAAGAAAAGCAUAUUAAGGUCCCUAUUGGAAUGUCAAUGUUAGAAGCUGCUCAUGAAAAUGAUAUAGAACUCGAAGGAGCUUGUGAAGGUUCACUUGCCUGUUCAACAUGUCACGUGAUUGUGAUGAACAUGCAAUACUAUAAUAAGUUGGAGGACCCAACCGAUGAAGAAAAUGACAUGUUGGAUCUGGCUUUUGGGCUGACAGAUACGUCCCGUCUGGGGUGUCAAGUAAUUGCUACACCUGAGCUUGAUGGAAUUCGCCUGGCUAUUCCUGCUGCGACCCGAAAUUUUGCUGUUGAUGGGUAUGUACCUAAACCACAUUAACACGAGAGGCAAGACAAUGUAAAGUGCUUGCUGAGUGUAAAGGAUGUCCUCAUCCCAGUUUUGUAGUUCUGGUGCUUUAAUCGACCAUAGCACUUAACUAUUUGUUCUGAGAGCAUUGCUAAUGUCGAUUUAAGAUCCAAUUGCGGAUA